GUCACCUGAAAUUAGUAUAACAAGCACACAAAAAUGACUUAUGACGAGGGUUCAUUUGAGGGGGGUAUUUUCUCUGGCUUUGAUAACUACUCAGAUUUGCUGGAGAGUUCUAACAACAGUAGCAGUGAUACUGAGUACACCUGUCCUGAUGGAGCAGGUCUCCAGCUGUUUCAUACUGUGUUCCAACCCCUGGUCUACAGCCUGGUGUUCUUCCUGGGGCUGACAGGUAACGGACUGAUGUUAACGGUGCUGCUGAAACGCCGUGGCCUCCUGAGGAUCACAGAGAUCUAUCUGUUACACCUGGGCCUGGCUGAUCUGAUGCUGCUAGCCACCUUCCCCUUCGCACUGGCACAGGUGUCCUUGGGCGUGGUGCUCGGAGACGUCCUGUGUAAGCUGAUGAUGGUCGUUGAACCGACUCAACUUCCUUUGUGGAGUCUCCUCCUGGACUGUAUCGGCUUCGACCGUUACCUGGCCAUCGUGCAUGCCAUCACCAGCCUCCAGAGCCGACGCCCCAGGAACGUACACCUCACCUGUCUGGCACUGUGGCUCAUUUGUCUGGCUCUGUCUGUCCCCAAGCUGUUCCUGUCCGUAGGGGAGAGUCCUAUAGACCCGACUCAGCUCUCAUGCUCUCCACAGUCACGUCUCCAUGCAAACAACUGGGAUCUGACGGAGAGGCUCCUGACCCACGUGCUGUGUUUCUUCCUGCCUCUCGGGGUCAUGACCUACUGCUACGCCGCUGUGGCGGUCACCCUGCACCAUAGCCAGAGAGGUCAGCGCAGCCUGGAGAAAGAGGGAGCCAUCAGGCUGGCUGCACUAGUCACUGCUGUGUUCUGCCUGUGCUGGCUACCCUACAACAUCACCAUGCUGGUGAGGACCCUGGUGGAUCGAGGGUUGGACUCUGGUUUGAGCUGCCAGUCCCGGACUAGUUUGGAUAAGGCCUUGGUGGUGACAGAGAGCCUGGGGUACACACACUGCUGCCUCAACCCACUGCUGUACGCCUUCACUGGGGUACGGUUUCGGCAGGAUCUCCUGAGACUGCUGGCCCACUGAGGCUUUGGCAAAGGGGGUGUACUCAGAGGGGAGUAGGGCGUCAGCGUCAUUCUCUAAAGGACUCACCGCCACAACCGCUAAAAUCCUCAUGUUGACCAACAUAUUUUACUGUUACAACUCAGGUAAAAGGUGUCUCAGACGUAGUUUCUUUAAAGGGAUACUGAUGGUUAAAUCUGAUCUUUGAAUUAAUUAUGAGUAAAAUUAUUAUAUUUUCAGCUUACAAAUUGAUUUCACUGUUACAACUAAGAGCUGCUGGGGGGGUUACUGUUAGAGCUUGUGAAUCAUUAAUCAACCUACUGUAUGUCUAACCUCUCUUUAUGGGGUUGUGACAACCCACAAGCACCUGCUUGUGCAAGCCUUGUGUAUAUAUACUGACAUACGGAGUCUUCCAUGAUUGCAUGCAAUAACCCAAUGUGCGACAAACGCUUGUGCGUAUAAACAUCUAUUUGUGUCCCAGAUAACUUAUAAACAUCUAUUUGUGUUCCGGAGAGUUUUCUGUAAGUGUGAAAGUGUAAUAUUGAUCUUUAGUCAAUAGGCCUGGAUUGCCAAUUACUUGACUGUAUGUGAAAUGUAUUGAACAUUUUUUUUAUACAAAUAAAAUAUGAUUGAGUGCUUCGUAAUGUUGUUCACACCAGACAAUCUUUAUCCUCCUACCACUCAUCAGAUCAGUGACUACUUUGUAUAACGUAUAAACUACUGUGUCUAAAGUAUAUACUACUGUGUCUAAAGUAUACACCAUGUAAAAAAUAUAUCCUACCGUGUCAAAAAUAUAAACUAAUGUGUCUAAAAGUAUAAACUACAGUGUCAAGAAGUAUAUAUUACUGUCUAGAAGUAUAAACUACUGUUUCUAGAAGUAUAAKCUACUCUCUCUAAAAGUAUAAAAUACUGUCUCUGGAAGUAUAAACUACUCUGUCUAGAAGUAUAACCUACUGUGUCUAGAAGAAAAACGAAUGUGUCUAGAAGUAUAAACGACUGUGUCUGGAAGUAUAAACUACCCUGUCUAAAAGUAAAUAUUACUGUGUCUAGAAGUAUAAA